AUGAAUAUUCCCGAUGACCAUGGUUCAUCCAGUUUCCUAGCUUCUGUGCCACCAAUUGCUUUCGAAGAGAGCCUUGUCCCAGAAGUUCUAUCAGGAGUCAAAAUUGAAGUCCCAGGUUUUCCGACUGUUCUAGAUCCCUUAGAGCAGAGUCUCAUCUUGAGAUAUCUGCGUUCCAGGUGUCAUUCAUGGAACCGUCUUUGGACCGAAAAAUACAUCUUAGGACCUGGUUCCACGAGGAAUAAACAGCGCCCUUCUAAGGGCUCCAUUCAAAGCUAUCAAUUUCGAGAAACACCUUAUUCGGAUCGACAAGCAGGGGGUUCUUGUCAGGCUAUCGCUAUUGACUGUGAGAUGGUCGGAGUGCGAGAUGGCCGCCAAGAACUCGCUUUUCUUAGCGCUGUUGACUUUUUGACAGGCCAAAUGCUUAUAAGUCGCUACGUUGUACCAUCAGAGGAAGUGGUUGACUGGAGGUCUAAGUUCAGUGGAAUAACUAAAGGCAUCAUGUACAGUGCCAUCUGCUCUGGCGCAGCAUUUAGUGGUUGGCGAGAGGCGCGCGAUAAAUUAUGGGAGUUUAUGGACAACUCGACUAUAUUGGUUGGCCAGUCUCUCAAUUAUGAUCUUGAAGUCCUAGGCAUAUGCCAUGCAAAGAUUGUUGACACCGCCAUUCUAACUGCCGAGACCGUCUUCCCUUCUGUUAUCUCCACCGAGCCAUUACCUCGUAUGUGGGGUUUGAAGAGCCUUGCGAAGGAUCUCUUGAGCUUGGAGAUACAGAACGGCAAUUGUGGGCAUAGCGCUUUAGAAGACGCAUAUGCAGCACGGGAAGUCGCUAUCUGGUGUAUCAGAAACCCAGAAGAACUGAAAUUGUGGGCAGAAAAUGCUCGUGGCCGGGAGGAAGAGUGUAGGCUCAGGAAAGGUCUAAACAGGCACCGCAAGGGUAGAUCGAAGAACAACGUGCCUGCCUCCCAGCCUACUAGAGCUUGGGAAUAUAGUACGAAACAUAGCGACUAUUCUGACGAUAUCCGAUGGUCAGAUUUUGCGGAAGAAUUUGGAUGGCCGGAGGAAUACGAUCCUUGGAGUCUACGGAACUACCUCGGCCGCGACUACGGCCUCGAGCCUGCUUGCAUCUCUGCCAUCCAUCCGUGUUGGUCUUUGGUGGGCAUAGGCAGUGGCAUCGCUCGCCCAGACGAGGGCCACGACAUCCGGCUAGGUGACGUUGUCGUGAGCCAGCCCUGUGGGAAUAUGGGUGGCGUCUGCCAGUAUGGCUUAAUCAAAGCAAAGUCAGAUGACAAGCGUGAGCGCAAAGGCUUCCUCAGACGGCCUCCGAUGGUCCUCCUUAAUGUCCUCGGCAGCAUCCAGGCCGAUCACGAGCGGAAAGACUCCAGGGUUUCCUUCUUCAUUCAAGAGAUGCUGAAGAAGAACCCGAAGUUGGGCAGGGGAACUAAGCAAAAUCCCGCCUAUACUCAUCAGGGCUUCGACAACGACCGCCUGUUCAUAGUUUCAUGCGACCACGUCCCGGGUCCGGAUUGUCGAGGCUAUGAUACUGCUGAUGAGAUUCAACGUGAUCCUCGAGAUACUUCUGACCCCGAAAUCUACCACGGGACCUUCGCAUCUGGCAACACAAUUGUCAAAGACGCCGCUGCGCGCGAUCGGAUUUUUGCUGACCUUGACGAGGAUUGCAUUGCUUUGAGAUGGAAGCGGCUGGCCUGA